UCUGUCAAUCCCAACUGUCAAGUCAAAAUAAUCUUUGUUUUGUUUAUGUAUGUGCGCUUUAUUUACGUUAUUUUAAAGAAAAUAUGUGUAAACAACUACAUAAAUAACAUAGUAAAAGUUUCUAACUUUAAUUUAAAAUGUCCGUGCCGUGUGAUAUGUUGUUACACCCCUAUCUGCUAUCUAACCAACAGUUGAUAUCCAGCCUGCAAGAGAGGCACCUGUGUGUAAAUUUGGAAGAGAUGGAUAGGGAUCAUUUGUUAGAGUUAUUCCAUCACUACUGUGUUCCUCUGAGUCAAAGACGCUAUAGAGACUCCGGUCGCGGCCGGAUAUUGAAUAAAAACCGGAACCUUCCAGCAGACAGUACACCAGACUGGGUUAAAUCAGAAAACUUGAAUAAAGCUGUAAAGCACCACUCGGAGAGGAUAAAACCACCGCCAGACCUGCUGUCUGGACAUAUUAAAAGAAUAAAAAUAAGUGUAGAGGUAGAAGCUACACCCAUGACAGAAGACUCACAUGAAACACAUAAAAGAAAAUACUCAAUGGAUACUUCCGACACGUCAGCUAAUAAUGCAGAGACGCCAGUAAAGAGACAGAGAAAACACCAAGCCAUCACUUGGCCGUGAUCU